AUGGAGUUGGACCUGACUGGUGUGAUAUGGAACGACAAGCAUGUGGGCCAGUGGAUCCUGCUGCACUUCUCUGCUCUCCAUUGCCACUCAGUAGGAAAUGGAGCUCUUUGCAUCUAUGCACAACUUCACACUUAUGGAUGCUCCGACUCAAGUGAUACUCAACUUUGUUUGACACUGGACGGUGAAGAAGUCUACCAUGCAAAUUUUAAGAAAGCGGGAUUGGAUUGGGAGAGCAAAAUCCCUGUAGUUCUCCAUGUUUCCCAUGCCUACAAUUAUGCAGUAUAUUACCGAGCUAUAUGCAGAGGUGACGUGUACAGAUGGAAACCAGACAAGUCAGCUACAUCAAAGACUAGAGAAGCACCAGAAGUCAUCAUUUACCCAAAAGAUGAAGUGAUAAAGAACGAAGAGAAUACUCUCAUCUGCUUCAUCAACCAUUUCUUCCCUGCCAACAUCAACAUAAAGUGGACCAAAAAUGAUGUAGAAGUAGCAGUCGAAGAUCCUCUUAUCAAGUGCUUGCCAAAUCCUGAUGGGUCAUUUUACGUCUUUUCCACCCUGGACUUUGUCCCAGAUGAAGGAGACAUCUACGGCUGCACUGUGGAACAUGUGGCACUGGAGGAACCUCUGACCAAGUUUUGGGAGGUUGACAUAAAUGAGACUACCAUUGGUUCAGAUGUCUCCUGCGGACUUUGCCUGAGCCUUGGACUUAUUGGGGUUGCUGCAGGAACAAUCUUUUUUGUUAAAGGAAAACAUUAUCAGGGCAUCCUGGUGACCUAG